AUGUGUCGUGCUUUUACGGGAAUAUCCCGAUAUUUUGGUAAGCGGAGGCAACAGCGAGUUUCUAAUAAUCUAGGAUCUCUUCGCCGGGAUAUCGAAACAGACGUUCACCUCCGUACAGCAGAAGAUUUAUUACAAAGUCUUGGAAGUGAUGCGGUGAACGGUUUAUCGACGACUGUUGCACGCGAACUCUUAAAAACUCACGGAUUCAACGCGCUUACACCGCCAAAAAAGACGCCUGGCGUAUUCAAAUUCCUGCGUCGAUGCUUCGGAGGCUUCUCUGCGUUAAUAUGGAUCGGAGUUAUUCUAUGCUUGUGUAAUUAUAUUUUGGAAAAUGAGAUUAACGGCGAAGCAUCGAACGAUCAUUUGAGUCUCGGUAUUGUGCUGGUUGCUCUGAUUAUAAUUACCGGGAUAUUCAGUCAUUAUCAGGAAUCGAAAAGUUCACGAAUUAUGGAGUCGUUUCAGGAAAUGGUGCCGCAAAGGGCGACGGUAUUGCGAGACGGUGAAAAAAGGAAGCUGUGUGUAGCCGAAUUAGUGGCUGGGGACAUUGUCCUUAUAGAAACCGGAGACCGUGUGCCCGCUGACAUUAGGAUCCUGGAAUGUCAAGGUCUGAAAGUGGACAAUGCUUCGAUCACCGGUGAAUCAACGCCACUCCUAAAAACUGCAAGCGCGACGGCAACGACCAGUGUCCUCGAAGCUAAGAACAUGAUCUUCUUUUCGACGAACGUGGUGGAAGGCACCGGAAAGGGAGUCGUAGUCGCCUGCGGUGACCAUACCGUGAUGGGGAGAGUUGCUAAAUUAACAUCGAAAUUGACACCGAGACCGACGCCGCUCUCCCGCGAAGUUCGUCGGUUUAUGAAAUUAAUUUCCUCCUGGGCCAUUUUCCUCGGACUACUGUUUUUCAUUCUGUCGGUAACCAUGGACUACAAUUGGGUCGAUUCGACGAUGUUUUUUAUCGCCAUUAUAGUCGCGAAUGUGCCAGAAGGUUUACAAGCCACAAUGACGGUUAGCCUCACACUAACGGCUAAACGAAUGGCAAACAAAUAUUGUCUGGUGAAACAUCUCGAGGCUAUUGAGACGCUAGGAUGCUCCGCUGUUAUAUGCAGCGACAAAACAGGAACGCUCACUCAAAAUAAAAUGACCGUUCGACACAUGUGGUAUGACGGUGAACUGCGAGAAGUAAUGGCGUCGGAUACAUGGAAGAAAUAUUUGAAGAGACCUGGAUUCCACAACUUAGCUAAAGUAGCUAGUCUCUGUAAUCGAGCAGAAUGGGUUCCCUUGCCUGAAGACCUACCAAUGCCACCUUUGCAUAGAAGAAAAAUUUUUGGGGAUGCUUCUGACGCCGCUUUGCUUAAAUGUAUGGAAGUUCUAGUGAGAGGUGGCGCAGACACAUACCGGAAAAGUUGCACGAAGAUCAUCGAAAUACCAUUCAAUUCGACGGACAAGUUCCAAGCGAACGUUCACAUGUGCGGCAAGAAGUAUUUCAUUUCUUUUAAGGGCGCGCCGGAAAAAGUUCUCGAACGAUGUUCCACCCUAGCGUUCGGUAACGAGACCAGAGCGCUCGAUGAGGAAAUCAAGAAAGCUUAUACGGAAUCUUGUUAUAUUCUUGCGAACAAUGGCGAACGUGUACUUGGAUUUGCUGAUCGCGAUCUUCCCGUUACUGCUUUUCCACCGGGUUUCAUCUUCAAGGCUGAUCCCCCAAACUUUCCACUUCAGAACCUGAGACUAAUUGGCUUGAUCUCGAUGAUGGAUCCCCCGAGGCCAACAGUACCAGAUGCAGUGUACAAGUGUCGUUGUGCCGGAAUCAAGGUGAUCAUGGUAACUGGUGAUCACCCUGACACAGCAAGAGCGAUCGCGAAAUACGUCGGCAUCGUCACCGAUGAUAUUUCGCAAAAUAAUAACAAUCAGAACGAACGACGCUCGAUCGUGGUGACGGGAAACGAAUUACGAGAUCUAGAAACGGAAGAGCUCGACUCGAUUAUAAGGAGCUAUCCCGAAAUAGUUUUCGCGAGAACAUCGCCUGUGCAGAAGCUGCAAAUCGUCGAGAGUUGUCAAAGGCUGCAUUUGAUUACCGCUGUCACCGGCGACGGAGUUAAUGACUCGCCGGCACUAAAGAAGGCCGACAUUGGAAUCGCCAUGGGCAUUGCAGGAUCAGACGUGAGCAAGGAAGUUGCAGACAUAAUUCUGUUAAACGACGACUUCGCGUCGAUAAUCACAGGAAUAGAAGAAGGACGGAGACUAUUCGACAACUUGAAGUCGAGCAUCGCGUACACGCUUGCCAGUAACGUACCCGAGAUAACACCCUUCUUGGCGUUCAUCAUUCUCGGGAUUCCUUUGCCUGUAGGCGUCAUUUGUGUAUUGUGCAUAGAUCUAGGCACUGACAUGUGGCCUGCUGUCUCUCUGGCAUACGAGAAGUCUGCAUCCGAUAUAAUGCUCAGAAAACCGAGAGUGCCGCAUCUGGACCAUCUCGUCAGUCGUCGAUUAAUUUUCAUGGCCUACGGACAGAUCGGCAUAAUAGAAGCUUGCGCCGGUUUUUUCGCCUACUUCGUUGUAAUGAUGGCGCACGGUUUUUUGCCCGACAAGCUGCUAGGUCUACGAUCGACGUGGGACAGCGUGGUAGUGAACGACAUGCAGGACAGUUUCGGCCAAGAAUGGACGCACGAACAACGCAAGAUUCUCGAAUACACUUGCCACACCGCUUUCUUCGUGAGCAUAGUGGUCGUUCAAGUGGCCGACGCGAUGAUUUGCAAAACACGCCGGAACUCUCUUUUUUAUCAGGGCAUGCACAACUGGGUCCUCAACUUCGGCAUACUUUUCGAAAUAAUCAUGGCGUGCGUUGUCUGCUACGCGCCGUACAUGGACGAGAUCCUCAGGACUUAUCCUUUGAGGCUGGAAUGGUGGUUACCGGGCCUGCCGUACGCUGUAAUUAUCUUGAUGUACGACGAGCUGCGGAAGCUGUGGAUUAGAAGGAAUCCUGAAGGAUGGUGGGACCGGGAAACGUGCUAUUGAGUCCCUGGGAAACACGCGAGGAAGAAUCGUCGUAGAAACGAUCACGCUUUCUCGCAGAACAUUCGGAAGAAGCCUCUGACAAAACGUUCGUCGAAUGAUCGACGUGAUUUUCUGUUCACGCGAGUAUCUUUCCGGGAGCAUGAGAACACGCGACACGUUGACUUUAUUAACGACCGUCGCGUUUACACCGAGAGAAAAACACCUCUAGGAUUUCGAUGUUAUCGUUUCGGUGUACAGUUAA